ACAUCACAGCUUUCCCAGAUUGGGAGGAAAAAUAUGGAAUGUGUUUUACCGCUGACUGAACACAACCAAAUGAACUGUACUGACAGUAGUUUGAAAACCAGCAGUUAGCAGUUUGUUCAGGCUCUAACAUUGUCCAGCACUUUCCAGAGCAAACUCACUGUUUACAAGAACUCUCGGCCUUACGACGUUUAUAACCUCAAGCUUUGUUUAUUUAAAAUAUUUCUGCAAAAGAAAAGUACCCGGAGCCCACUUUCCAAAAUGGCCAUGGAUGAGUAUUUGUGGAUGGUCAUUUUGGGUUUUAUCAUAGCUUUUAUCUUGGCGUUUUCUGUUGGUGCAAACGAUGUUGCCAAUUCAUUUGGUACUGCUGUGGGCUCUGGCGUGGUGACCUUGAGGCAGGCGUGCAUUUUGGCUUCAAUAUUUGAAACAACCGGCUCAGUGUUACUGGGAGCCAAAGUGGGAGAGACCAUUCGAAAAGGUAUCAUUGAUGUGAACCUAUACAACGAGACAGUAGAAACACUAAUGGCUGGGGAAGUUAGUGCAAUGGUUGGUUCAGCGGUUUGGCAGUUGAUUGCAUCCUUCCUGAGACUUCCCAUCUCAGGAACUCAUUGCAUUGUUGGUUCUACUAUAGGAUUCUCACUUGUCGCAAUUGGUACACAAGGUGUGCAGUGGAUGGAGCUCGUCAAGAUUGUUGCUUCUUGGUUUAUAUCUCCACUCUUGUCUGGUUUCAUGUCUGGCGUGCUGUUCGUACUGAUCAGAAUUUUCAUCCUAAAGAAGGAGGACCCUGUUCCCAAUGGCCUGCGGGCACUCCCAGUGUUCUAUGCUGCUACAAUAGCAAUAAAUGUGUUCUCCAUCAUGUACACGGGAGCACCAGUGCUUGGUCUGGUCCUUCCCAUAUGGGCAAUAGCACUCAUCUCCUUUGGUGUUGCGCUGCUGUUUGCCCUUUUUGUAUGGCUCUUUGUGUGUCCAUGGAUGCGGAGGAAAAUAGCAGGCAAAUUACAAAAAGAAGCUGCUUUAUCACGAGUGUCCGAUGAAAGCCUCGGGAAAAUUCAGGAAGCGGAUUCCCCGGUAUUUAAAGAGCUACCAGGUGCCAAGGCCAAUGACGACAGCACUGUCCCUCUCACGGGGCCGGCAGGGGAGCUGGCUGGGACCUCGGAAGGCACAUCAGUGGGAAACCACCCCCGGGCCUCCUAUGGAAGGGCACUUUCCAUGACUCAUGGCUCUGCAAAAUCGCCCAUCUCCAACGGUACCUUCGGCUUUGACGGCCACACGCGGAGCGACGGGCACGUGUACCACACGGUGCACAAAGACUCGGGGCUCUACAAGGACUUGCUGCACAGAAUGCACACGGAAAGGGGCCCCGAGGACAGGCCCACCCCGGAGAACAACUACAGGCUGCUGCGCCGGAACAACAGCUACACCUGCUACACGGCCGCCAUCUGUGGGAUGCCCGUGCACUCGACCUUCAAAGCUGCCGACUCGUCCUCCGCCCCCGAGGACAGCGAGAAGCUGGUGGGUGACGCCGUAUCCUACUCCAAGAAGAGACUUCGCUAUGACAGCUACUCGAGCUACUGCAAUGCGGUCGCAGAAGCUGAGAUCGAGGCCGAUGAGGGAGGUGUGGAAAUGAAGCUGGCCUCUGAGCUGACCGAUCCUGACCAGCCCCGAGAGGACCCUGCAGAAGAGGAGAAGGAGGAGAAGGACACAGCCGAGGUCCACCUCCUGUUCCAUUUCCUGCAGGUCCUCACUGCCUGUUUUGGAUCCUUCGCUCAUGGUGGCAAUGACGUGAGUAACGCCAUCGGUCCCCUGGUAGCCUUGUGGCUGAUUUACGAGCAAGGCGCAGUCCUGCAAGAAGCAGCGACCCCCGUCUGGCUGUUGUUUUAUGGAGGAGUCGGCAUCUGCACCGGUCUCUGGGUCUGGGGGAGAAGAGUGAUCCAGACCAUGGGGAAGGACCUCACUCCCAUCACGCCGUCGAGCGGCUUCACCAUUGAGCUGGCCUCCGCGUUCACAGUGGUGAUCGCCUCCAACGUCGGGCUUCCCGUCAGCACCACGCACUGCAAGGUGGGCUCGGUGGUGGCCGUGGGCUGGAUCCGCUCCCGGAAGGCCGUGGACUGGCGCCUCUUCCGGAACAUCUUUGUGGCCUGGUUUGUGACUGUCCCCGUGGCUGGGUUGUUCAGUGCUGCUGUCAUGGCUCUCCUCAUGUACGGGAUCCUUCCAUAUGUGUGAUUUGUCUUCUUCCACCCAGCGCACAAGGCGUAGUCUGGUGUGGGGACGUGGGGGGGGCGUGCGGCACGCGUCCUGCCCAUGCACGGGCUGUCCCCCCACCAGCUUCUCCAGGUCCCUUUCCUAUGGUUCCGAACCACACUGCUCACCUACACUGUAGAGAGUCAUCCUCCAGAGCUAACUUAACUACUGUACAUAAUCAUGUGCAUUAAACUGGUAUCGUGGUGACAACGUGGUGCGGUUACUUAUCUGUUAAAUAUAUAUUGUAUACAUAGAAUACAUAGCAUUAUUUCAGACAUAUUCAAAAUGGGAGUGGAGAUAUAUUGCCUAGAGUUCAAUAUUCAACAAAUCUUUGUAUGUCAUGAUUUCAGUGGCAAAUUUUAAGAACCUUUUAAAAGUAAAGUGUAGAUUGGAAAGUGAUGUUUUCCCCAUUGAAUAUACUGUAAGAUAAGCGAGAAUCGGGAUGGAUGAUGCCCAUUUGGGCAGGUGUACGUCCGUGGGUGUGCUCUUGAAUAAUACCGGGGUAGGAGUUCACAAGUGCUUUCACUGAGGAAUCUGUUCAUAUACUGUGUAUUGAUUCUGUAAUAUAUCAUAAUUGCUUCUGUAAAUACUUAAGACUGUAAUUUUUUAAUGGUGUGCUUCCCUAUACUUUUUUGAUCAGAGAAUUUUGGAAAGUACCAAAGAAGCAGGGGGAUAGUUUGCCAGUAUUAUAUUUUCAUGUUGUCUGUCUCCCCUUCUCAUUAAUCCUACAUUAGCCCGUGUCGUAGGGGGACCGCCGGGCUCCGGCUGCCCCCGGCAGCGCACAUACUGAAGCACGACCCCCCCCCCGGCCCCCCCUUCGGGUCCCC